AUGCCAUUGAUACUUACAAAUUUUAUUUCGACUUAUCUACCUAUUCUAAGUUUUCUUUUUAAUGUCCCAUAUGUGCACAUCAAUAAAAUAUCAUCAUCAGUUAUUGCUAAACUAAUAUUUAAUGCCUUUCUUUACGCAAUUUUUGGUUUUGUUCAUACAUUAUUUGCACAAGAAUUUGUUCAAGUUUUUCUUAGUCAAUUCUUGUUUCCUAAGCAAACACUUCGAACUGUUUAUUGUUUGCUAGUAACUGUCACUGCAUUUAUUAUUAUGGGUUUUUGGCAACAUACACAUAUACAAAUUUGGAAUUGGUUACCAUCAACAAUGAACGAUUAUCAGCAAAACCUUGUUUUAUUCAUAAUAUACAAUAUUGUCUACGCACCAGCAUGGCUUGUGAUUAUACAGUUUAAUCCAUUUGAAUUUUGUGGUCUGAAACAACUCUUAAAUGAGCCCGAAAGUAUUGGAUGUUUGUAUUCAUCUUCAGUCAAGUCAGAGGUACGAACAACAGGCAAUCAAACUUUAGUGACAACUGGUCUAUUUCGUUAUUGCCGUCAUCCUUUGUAUUUGAUUACUUUAUUGAGUAUGACAAUCACACCUGUUAUGUCACUUGAUCGUUUGGCUUUUAUUAUAUAUACAUGUAUAUAUGCAUUAAUCGGUAUUCCUUUUGAAGAACGCAAAUUAAUACAAAUAUUUGGUCAAGCUUAUGUUAAUUAUCAACACCAUGUACCAGCUAUAUUUCCUUGUUUUAUCUCAAAAACAAAACAGAAUUAA